UUACAUUCUGCUGUUUAAGCAGAAAUUGAUGCGCUGGCCUAUAAAACAAAACAACCAAAAUGCGUCGCAGCAGUACAACUGGCAGCGGACAACAUCAGACAAACACGGGAUAUAGUCUUGGCCACCCAGGCAUCUCGACCGGUCAUAAAACGUCUGCUGAAGCUACGGCGGGCGAGCGAGGAGUAAAUGGCGUUGGUAUACCAACUGGGCCGAGAAACCCGUCUGUCCCCCAAGUUUACAAAAGAAUUGGCACAAAAAAGGUGCAGUCUUUAAAUGUGCAGACGGAGCAACCACUUCCUCCAACAACACAGCCUGGGCCAGACGCAAAGGCCGAAAUGCCAGAGCCGCCUGAAAUCAAGAACUACGGUCUCGCUAUAUUUGCUCUCACCGAGGAAGACCUUACCCAGCCCAUGGACGACCGGCCACGUAACCGCGUGGAAAGGGUAAAGCGGAUGCUGGAUAGUAUCGACAAGCACCGGCGAGCCGUGCGAGCUACUACCAUGGAUAUGGUGGCCAGUGAGAGGCAGCGUAUCGUGAGACAUGAGGUCAAUUCACAGGCAAGCAGUCGGGAUCCUGGCAUCAGUCAGGAGGAAGUAGCCGAGAUGAUCGAGGCUCUGAAUGCAGAGCCUGAGCAAGGCACGGACUACAACAUGGAUACCAACGAUGUGCCUAGGGAACUCAUGAGGGACCUGUUUGAAGAGAGCGAGUCCCGCAGAGACAGGGAGGACAGCCUUCGACAACUCCAGCACCUCGCCGAGCAGAGUAUCUACUACAGCGACGAAUUUGAUGCGGAGAUAAUUAAAGUACGGGAGAAUUGGGAGGCGAUCUUGAAAAAGGAGCAGAAAGCCUUGGAGGAGUUUGCUUGA